ACUCAACUUUUCCUCCCUUGAAGCGCGCUUUCCCGCCCAUCUCAAGUAGAAUCUGGCCAUGCCCCGCUCCUUCUCUCAAGGCCACGCCCUCCCUCUUUGCUCCUCCUCAGGGUCUACACUGCCUUGUGCAAAACAGAUAUUACCAUCUCAGUCCCACUUCAUCUGGCUUGUAUGUGUAGACCUAGUCUAUGUGUGGUUAAGAAGUGCUGCAACUGUACAUAAAAUGGAGACAAACUUUUUAACUGAUGCACCUAGUUCCUCACUUCAUGGAAACAUACAGACAAAAUGUAGAGACAAGCCUCCAACCAUAGGUACCUGUAUGGAUCAGAGCUGGCUCAGUUGUUCAAAAUGGACUCCCUCAGCUCCAAGUUCCCUUGAUGUUCAUAUUGAUACUUUUGACGACAAAGAAAAACUGCUUCCUGUGCUGAAGAUAGAAUGGAACGUGGCUACUGAUGCAAGCAUUCAGCACCUUAAAGGGGCGGAACUGGCUGUGCUGCAGAUGAGCAGUAACCAGCAGGUCUGUGUUCAGUUUGAUUUUCAGAAUAACCUGUCAUUCCAAGUCCGUCCAGAUGGUGGAGGCCGGUGGAAUUUCUCUUUCAACCGUUUUGAGGUACUACCAGGUCAAGCAUACCAAGUGACAGUCCAUCACCUACCCAAAUUAUGUUCUGCAGGAGACUAUAAUCGGAAAUCCCUGUCAUUCAUAGUACCAGAUUGCACAGAUCCUGUCAUGAAAACCACAGCCCCAUGUCUGCAAAUAGGCAGUGCGUGGGAACCCAGCAUUGAUGGAAGAAGCAUAGAUGAUGAGACUGUAUUGGUGAGCUUUAACCCAGCAAUGGAGUCAGCCAGUUAUCUCAUCCAUGUGACCAGUUUUCAAGAAGAUGACAAAGAAUGUAAAAAGACCACAAAAGAAAUCUGUUCUCCAUCAAGCUGUUCUCCAUCGUCCUCACCGCAUGAGGCAUUUACUUCAGAAGGAUUGCAACAGCCACUGAAUGUCACAGUCAAACUAGAGAGAAACUUGAAGAGUUGUUGCAAAUACAAGGUUCAGAUCCAGCCAUUCUUUGCACGUUGUGCCACAGAUUGUAUGAGGCAUUCAGUUUUCAUCCCGUGUUUCCCUAGCCCCCUGACUAUUACAGGUGACAACACAACAAAGGAAGCUGAUAAUCUUUCAACGGUGCUGCCCUGGGGCCUCACUUUCAUGUGCAUUUUACUAGUUGGAUCAGCUGUUGCUUCCGUUAUUUGGCUCGCUCGAAGGCAAAAAGGAAUAAAUUUAGGUUCAAGCAAUACUGAUGCCACCCACCAAGAACUCCUGCCCAUGUCACAGUCUCCUCCAUCUCUGAAGCCCCGUAAGAUUUGGAUUGUGUAUUCUGCUGAUCACAAGCUUUAUGUAGAUGUUGUGAUGAAAUUUGCACAGUUCAUGAUCACAGUCUGUGGUACUGAAGUAGUCCUGGACCUGCUGAAUGAACGUCAGAUAUCAGAGAUGGGGGCUGUACGCUGGCUUACUCGGCAAAAACAGGAAAUGGAAGCACUCACUUCAAAGAUCAUAAUAUUGUGUUCCCAAGGUACUCGAGCCAAGUGGCAGGCCAUGCUGGGGCAUGAGGAGUUAACUGUAUCUCUCAAGCAAGAUAACCUGCUGCCGAUAGGGGAUAUGUUCACUCCAGCAUUGAAUCUGAUCCUGCCAGAUUUUAAGCAGCCAGCUUGUUUCGGCAUGUACCUUGUCUGCUAUUUCAAGGGCAUAAGCACUGAAAGAGAUAUUCCAGACCCAUUCAACGUCACCUCCAAAUAUCAGCUGAUGGAAAAGUUUGAGGAAGUUUACUUCUUGAUUCAGGAUCUGGAGAAGUUUGAACCAGGGAGAAUUCAUCAGAUUCCAGAGAUCUCACCUGAAAGGUACACUGAAAGCCCCAGUGGCAGACAACUGAAGGAGGCAGUGCAGAAGUUCCAGAAAUGGCAGGCUGAACACCCUGAUUGGUUUAAAAGAGAGAAUGACGGCUCUGAAUAUAAGGAUGACCUUCAGUCUCUAAAUGGAGAUCUCUCUGACGAACUGCCUGAGGGAAGAAUUCUGAAACAGCAACUGCUUCCACAAGAACCUGUUCCCAGCAGCUGUUGCUUGGUCAACCUCUUGGUCAAUAAGGAUGAGUUCAGGGCCUGUAAGCUGUUACCACAGCUUCUACCACAGGAGGAUCAAGCAUUCCAGACCCUGGUUGUUCCUGCUGAUGACACCUCCCAGGCUCAGGUGGUUGUGCCAGUUGCCCUUUCAGAGGAGAGAGAGAUAUUCAGCCAUCAGCUGCUAACCAAUGGAGAGUGGCUGGAAAGAGUGCCCAUGAUGUUAACUAGCACCCCAGGGAGAAACAAUGUCAUCCUUCAAGAAGAACUAUCCUCAAAUCCCCACCCUUGGCCAGCUGAUGUGAAGCAGCAGCUGGAGGGCUUAAUGUAUUCUCUCUAUCAACAAAGCAUUUCUACCUCUGAUCCGCCUCUCCGCCAAGAAGAUGUUAAUGAGCAGCAGCUGGUUUUUGAUGAGUCUUGCAAAGAUCAAAGACAGUCGGUGCAGUCAGACCAGGGUUACAUUUCCAGAUGCUCCCCUUUGCCUUCUGACAGCCCUGUGGAGGAAGAGGAAGACCAAGAACAGGAAGGGCAUGGGUCUGCCGGACACCUCUCCCCAGAUGUUUUGGACAGUCUAAAAAGUCUUCAGCAGCAGCUGCUUUUUCAGGAUAUUCAGCAGCACUUCAGCUAGGUUCACAUGGGAAGGGAGGCUGGAUAAGCUCUAGAUCUCCACCCAGAACUUCUUCUGUUCUGCCAUAAAGGAAGUGAAUGUUGCCUAGAAUGCAAAUUGGUUGCAGUGGUUGGAUUGCAAAAAGGAAGUGACUGUUGGUUUGGAAGAUCAGACAUCCUUAUAAGUGCACACUUUUGUAAAGUGUAAUGGGUAGAAGAGCUGACUGAUAGCUAUUUAGCAGCGGGCUCUGCCCAUUCAUCUUGCUUACAGUAUAUACUGGAACAUCCUUGUGCUCUGGUAAUCUACCUUUAAAUGGAGGUAUAUGUCAAAGCUAUAAAUAAUAUUGUAUUCUGCGUAUUAAUUGAUGCUACAAGCUGGUACAAGUGUAUUGAUGCUACGAGAGGAUCAGAUGAAUGGUCCAGAUAGGCCAGUAGGCUCCUGGUGACAAGCCAGAUAUAAAAUGAUUAUGAUGGAAACAUAAGAUACUUGCUGGAUAAGAGAAAAGGUGCAUCUAGUCCAACAUCCUGUUUUCCAUUGUGAAUGACCUGAUGUCCACUCCUGCAGCUGUUGAUCCCAGAAAUGGUAGUCAGUAGCAUAGCGUCUCUGAACCUACAAGUUCUAGAUGGCUAUGAGGCCUAAUAGCCAUUGUUAGGUUUAUCCUCCAUUUAAAAGCAUCUUAUCCAAUUGUUACAUCUUUAAGCAGUGAAUUCUAUAAAUUCAUUGAGCAUUACGUUGUAGUAUUAUAUGAGGAAGAAAACUUCUUUCCACUUCAUGCAUAAUUUUAUAAAAGUCUCCUCAUGUCUGUCCUUAGUCAUUUUGUACUGAACUAAAAAGCCCAAAACACUUUAGCUGUGCUAAAGAUUGCUUGGAUUACCUUUUUCUGUACCUUUUUUCUUGCUUGAGGUUAUGUGCACGGUAUUCCAAGUGCAGCCUCCCCUAGAUUUACUGUGUAUGAAAUGCAUUUCAAUAUUGGCUGCUUUAUUUUCAAUCUUUUUCCUAGCAUGAAAUAUCCCUAUUUCAGUGCCGCUACAUACUGAGGUGACACGUAUGUUGCUCAAAUCACCAUGGCCCAAAGAUCUUUCUUGCAUAAUCACCACCAAUUCAGAUCCUAUUAAUAUAUACAUGGUUAGGAUUUUCUCCCCCAAUAUGUAUCUAUUACAUAUUCAGUCUCAUUUGCAAUUUUGUUACCUAUUCACCCUGUUUGGAAAGGCACUUUACAACUCUUUACAACCCAGGUAGGUUUUCACCCUUUGGAAUAAUUUGCUGCCAUCUCGCUGCUGACCCUCGUCUCCAGGUCACUAAUGAACUCCAAAUCAUUUUACAAAUGAUUAAGACAAAAUGAUCCGCAUCAAGGCAAGUGUGUCAGUUCUUCUUCAUUCACAAGCACUCUACUCAAAGCUGUUUUAAUAUUUGUGUCAAUAAGGUAAAAUGCUCUUGUAUUGAUUUGAAGUCCUGUGUUAAGUAAUUGUUAUGCCUAGUUAUAAAUGCUGCAAUAAUUAAUUUUCAUGUCACAAACAGUUCCAGCAAUGUAACCCAGGUUUAGGGAUUGUCUUGCAAAUGAGUUGCUAGCUUCCAUACUUGAGCUAUGAUGGAUGGAUAAUCAAAACUACUGAAUCAAUCUUUGGAAUGCACUUACUUUUGAUAAUGGAUACUUCAUCAUGAAAGUUGGAGGAAGAAACUUGGCAGAUCUAACUUGGACGGGAAUAUUUUAACAAGAUGCUGAAGCAGAGAAGAAAAGUGGUUGAGCUGAAUAGAGGAAAUUGCAGCUAGUGUACUAAUUUCUUGGUUUCUGAUUCAAUCUAUAAUAUGCCUUUGAAUGAACUGCAGGGAUGUUAUUUGCAGCAGCAUCUCCAUGUCAAAAGUAAUGAGGUUGCAGCCUCUGAAACACAGGCAAAGGGCUCUUUAAUAUGCACCUCUCCCCACACUUCAGACAUCCUCUUUUGCUUUCCCAUUAUGUACCACACCUACUAGCUCCCUACGCAAGCCAAGACAUAGGCAAAUGGAAGCAAGCAGUUGAAGGAAAGUGUGUGCUUGGCAGGAGACCUUUUUGUCAAUGUCAGUGGACAGAACUAAUGCUGAUUUUUCAGUUGUUGCUCAGUCCAAAAUAUGGCUCUGUCUAAAAUAUGCUGUAGACCUGGUGACAAAACACUAUAGUUUAACCUGGAUAGAGGUGGUCCAGUAGAAAGAGGGAAGAGGAUUAGUGCCAGCAAAUACUAGGGAUGGUAUUCACACAGGGUAGACCCGCUGAAAUUAAUAGCCAUUGCUAACUUUGCUUCAUUAAUUUCAGUGGGUCUUUUCUGAGUAAGAGUAGCUGGGUACAACCUUAGGUGUAAGAAUGUGUUAUACCAUCAAGAUCCAGCAAACUGUAGCCUAUAUAUGAACCAAGAAGCAGAGUAAACAGUGUGCCUUGCUUCUCGUUGGAAAACCCAUGUUUUGGAUUGAUGUAUUCAAGUUAGUGAUUGAAACAUGUUCCACAAAGCGGAAUUCUCUUCUCUACAUUGCAACUGUACAAGAAAAGCUAUUAAAGGCUAAUAAAACAUCCAUGCAUGUUAGCAACCAAUUCAGCCCAAGCACAACUGCACAGUAGCACCUGUGGGGAGACAGGGGAAAGUGAUCAGUUCCCCAUGCCCUGUCAGGUCUGCUGCCUUGUUAAUUGUGCCAGUGCAACAAGUGCUGAGCUGAUGCUUGUUCCACUGAAUGACUUCUUAGCCAAUUUUUGGAGACCACUCAGCCGUUUACUUCAGUGUACAUGGUUCAUCCUGUAUGAGAUUAUAGCUGGACGUUUUUUAUAUUUUAUGUUUUGCUCUGCCUUUUCCAGUGGUAGUUUUUAAUAACUUAAUUAUAAUGUAUCAUAUUUUGUACAUUCCUGAAUCUUUCCUAAAUAUUUGUAAUUAAAGAAAACUAAGUAUUA